AUGGGCCAACCAUCCGCCGCGGCGUCCAACGCCGUCAUUUACGUCACUUAUGCACUCUUCCUUAUCACCGGUACUGCUAUUGCGUGGAAGUUCCGCAAUCAGUCCAAGGGAGAGUUCCUCUCCGGCAAUAGGACUCAGACGGCCUUCCCCCUAGCCCUCAACUUCAUCGCCUCUGGUGAGUGA